CAGUGCUGCCUUCCUCUUCCCAGCUGAAGGGCACAAGCCAGGCAUGGGGCCCGUGGAGGAACCCAACAGCACCCUCAUCAUGGAGCAACUCGUCCUGGAGGAGCAGCUCGUCCUGGACCAGUCCAACAGCCUGGUCACUCCGAGCCCGGGUCUCUACGGGUCCGGCAACGUCAUGAUGGACAGCACCAAGAUCGUGGGAGUCCAGGUGAUACUGAUUGCUGCCUAUUCUUUAAUCAUCCUGCUGGGGUUCAUUGGCAACUCCCUAGUCAUCUACAUGAUCGUGAAAUACAAAACCAUGAGGACCGUGACCAACUUCUUCAUAGCCAACUUGGCCCUGGCUGACCUCAUGGUGGACACCCUCUGCCUGCCUUUCACCCUGGUUUACACCCUGUUGGAUGAGUGGAAGUUCGGGGCAAUUCUUUGUCACUUAGUCCCUUAUGCUCAAGCGCUGAGUGUGCACGUGUCCACUCUCACCUUGACCGUGAUUGCUCUGGACAGGUACAGAUGCAUUGUUUUCCACCUGGACAGCCGCAUCUCCAAGAAGCUCAGUUUCACGAUCAUAGCCAUCACGUGGCUCGCGGCUGCCAUCUUGGCUGGCCCGCUGGCCAUCUUCAGAGAGUACCGGUACGAGGAAAUCCCAUCCAUCAACCUCAAAAUAGCCGUCUGCUCUGAAAAGUGGCCUUCUGGGAAUAACAGAGACGCUACCAUUUACAGCCUUUCCAUGCUCCUCCUGCAGUACGUCCUCCCACUCAGCAUCAUCUGCUAUGCCUACAUCAGGAUAUGGUUCAAGCUGAAAAGCCAUAUCAGCCCCACCUCCAGGAGCGAAAGCCAGUGCCGGAGGAAGAAGACGACCAAAAUGCUCGUCAUGGUGGUCGUGGUGUUUGCAGUCUGCUGGCUUCCCUUCCACAUAUUCCAGCUUGCCAUUGACUUGGAUCUGGUUCUCAUCUUCCACGAGUACAAACUCCUGUACACCGUGUUCCACGUGGUGGCCAUGUGCUCCACCUUCGUCAACCCCCUGCUCUACGGCUGGAUGAACAAGAACUACCGGAACGGGUUCCUCAUGUUCUUCAGCUGCCAGAACAAGCCCGAGAGCUUCUACACGGACGGUUCGCUCAGGGGACGGUCUUUCACUUUCAGGGUGACCACACUCAACGGGAGCCUCAAAAACUCUGCGGGCAACGGGAAGCUGCCGACAGAGGUGUAGAGGUGAGGCACCCCCUAUUCACACGGGCAGAGGCCAAGUGGAGCAGAUGCCUUUUGCUGGAAAAGCCCCAAACUGGAGCAACUGAAAGCGCCGAAUGUAUCUAUCGAAACCGUAAGCCUGGAGGACUGUCCGUUCUGCUUAAUGAAAGUGCUUGGCGGUCCUGCCUCUGCGUUCGCGGCGUCAGAAGCUUACUUGUACAUAAGUCCAGAAAGUGAGUUGAACGAAGGAUGCUCCCGGUGACCGGGUGAGGUGGUUCACUGUCACCCUGGGCUGCAAGAAGGCUCCCAUUCAGUGGCCUGGAUUAUUUACCGGGGUUCACAGAAAUACGAUCCAGAGCCAGUGUGGAAUCAGCGGAGAUGGGUGCACGUUAAACGGGUUGUAUAUUCCUUUAUCUGGUGUACAAACGCUCUUCUUUCUCUCUCUUACCCGAGAGCCUUAUGCAUUCAUCCCUAGCCUGUGACUGCCCGUGGAGAGAACCAUGCUUUGUCCUAGACACUUCAGUCUCAUCAGUCUACCAUCCUUACCCGGACUGCUCGGUCUAGGCCAAGAUGUGGUGAGAAGUUGUGUUGUGGGAGCCAGGGCGGCAGUGGUGAUGAUGUGACAGGGAACAGGGGACGGUUGUCUGAUUAAGAGCAAAGGUAGGAAGUGGAAGGCAGGUUUGCUGGUGGAAGACGACAGUCUCCCGGUGGAUCAGGGCGGUGGGCAAUGCUGUUUUCAUACCUCUGGGGCCUGUAGCCCACCGUCAAGCAUCACUGGUGACUGGAGGAAGUGUGACAAUGUCCAGGCCCCUGCUUAUUAUCCUCGUUUCUAAUGUGCUGUAAGAACGAGUACUUACAGCACAGUAUAGCUAGGGUCAGAUUUUGAAAUAGCUGCUAUAUUAAUGCUUUUUCUCGGAAGACAGAAAUAACCUUUUAACGCACCCACCCCCCUGACAGUGUCCCCUGUACUUAUCUUAGAUGAAGUCACGUAGAAAGAGAUGUAUUCUUUGAAACCAACCGGUACGUUCUCAUCUUUUAGGCUGCGUCAGCUGGAGAAGCGUAUUUUUAGCUUUGCCAUCAAAGGAGUCUUGAUUGCCACAGUGCUCUUAACAGCUCGUCAUUUGUGUCAUUUGAAGCCAGUGUUCAUCAGAGUGGAAAGUAACUCUCUAGAACCCGGGAAAAGGGCCUCGACAUACCUCCUAAUUAAGCCAAAAUGAAAUCCCAUGUGUAAGUCUUCAGGAGAGCAAGGGAAAAAGGAGAGAGAAGGAUGAAAGACUUCAGGAACACAGGAUUUGCCAUACUGGAUCAGACUAUGGGUCCAUCAAGACUGGAGCCCUGGAAAGCCUGGGGUAAAAACCUGCUGAAGGGUUGAUUUGAGGGUCUGUUUUCCUGCACCUUCUCUGACUUGACCUGGCUCCAGCCACGCCGGCUGCCCCGCUCAGCUUUACACUGCCGUACUGAAUUAGUUUCCCCCACUCUUUCCAUUCCUCCUGUUGCUUGCAUUAAUUGAACCUCAGCCGUCCGUAAGCGUAAGAAAGUCUAUGGGUGGCAGGGGAUUUUUUUGAAGCAGAGAGAUCAUUGUGAUGCACAUUAUGGAAACAAGGCUUUGCUUCUGUGCCUGGCCAGACUGCCUGGUGACACUGCCAUGCCUAUGAAUAAUUACCACAAAACCUGGCUGGCGGCAGAUUUUCUAAAUCAAAUCCCAGGCGAUUCUCUUCAGAGCGCCUGGGAAUAGCUGGGGCGUCUGCUGGCGAAUUUGACUGUUCCGAUAACAGAGGCAUCUGCAGCAUAAUGGGGCAAAUGCUGACAAGACAAGAGGCACUAAUUAAUUGCUCCCUCCUGUGUUUGCUAAGAGCUAAAGCCUGGUCCGCUGCUUUCCAUGGGAGUUUUCCAGUUAAUCCCGAUGGGACCAGGAUGAUGCUCUUCAUUACGCUCCCAGCAAUUUCUUUUUGCUGCAUAAUGAAGUGGUUGGUUCUGCAGUUCAUCCUCUGGGGAGAUUGCUGCAUAUCUUCAUCCCACGGCAGGGUGCAGGAAUGUUUAUCUUUUUCAAGGAGGCUUGGCUGGAUGGAAAGGAUUUGGUCUCACCAACAACCACUUCAUAAAGCAAUUGAACGCUCGGUCACAUAUGUCAGAAAGAAACAAGACGUUUCGCCGCGCAGGUUUGAGAGCGGGCUGUUCUGGCAGCUGACAUGGAUGCAGAGCUAAAUGCUUUUUGCCAAGGACUUGCCAGGGGUCUUGUUCCGUGACGCUGCACAAAGCCUGUGACUGCACAACAUUAGAGAUAAUGGCAUUAUAAAUGACCAUUUAAUUGGAGUCGAGCUUGCCUGCUAAAUAUGAGUGAAUAAAUAAAUAGCCGAGCGCUCUUCACAAAUAAAAACCGGUGGUGUAAUUUAUUGGGAGACACUCCGUGCUAAGCCAACAAAGGAGGAAAAACAUUUACUUUAGAAGGAGCAUGCUCGGCAAUGGCCUCUCAGCUUUAUUGAACUCACUUGUACAGUUUUAUUAAAGGAUUUCUGCCUCUCAGCCUCCUGCCUUUCUGCCCCUGAAAACAACUGUGCUCUUACGCAUUUAAUAUUACAGGCCAAAUUCUGCUCUGGGACAUGUAUGGAAAAUUGCAUUCCUAUAAGGAAAAAAAAAAAAAGAUCCCCAGCUUGCAUUGCCAAAUCAAACAGGAGAAAGUGGGCAGUGCGGGGGCAAAGUUCUUCAUCGCGUGCAUCUAAGCUGGGUAAUUAAAUCAGGAUGUUAAGCAUGAAGACGGAAAGAAGAUGCAUAGAUUUACAUUUAUAUAAAGCAGAGGUCUGUAUGAUUCAAGGCUGCCCCCCUGAAAUGGCAUUAACUGCAUGAUAAGCUCCACGCAACUUCAGCCAAGAAGGUUGGCAGUUCCUAAAGGACAUAUUAUUGGAGCCUUAACAUCAAGCUAUUCCAAUGCAGAGGAAAGAUAAGAAGAACCACAAGAGACCAAUGUCACAAAGAGUUUCCAAGUUAUCUGAAAAUCACAAGAGAUAGAUACAGGCAUUGCAAGGAAGGGCACAUUGCUAAAGAAAUCCUCAAGGGCAUGGCACGAAUGUGACAAAAUCGGGAAAACAAAGAUGAAGAAUGAGUUACAGCCGCAAAAGAAAUGCUAAAUAUGCUAAGAAGAGGUUCUGCAAAAACGUCAGAGCGAAAGGAAAGUCCAGGGAAAUUGUGGCAGGCUAUUAACAGAAGGUGCAAAGCAAACAGACCUGCUCCGUGCCUGCUUUGCUUCAAUCUUCCAGUAAAAAAACGGAAGAUAAACUGUGAUCAUCUGCGUACCAAAAUGCAGCUAAACAAAGAAAGGGAAGGGAUACAGAUCACAAGAACUAAAGGGCAUGGCAGAGAACUUCUCAUUAAUUUGAGGGCAUUUAAGGCAACAAGGCCCAGUGCAAUUCACCCAGGACAGUGAAGGAAAGAGAUGAACAGAUCUCAGAGCCACUGUUAAUAAUAUAGCUGAACAACCAUGAGCAAAGAGUAACUAUAAAUGGAUUGGUGGGAGAGUAGCAGGUCUUAUGCAGGGUUACACAGGGGCCUGUGCUGGGUCCCAUGCUGUUUAGCUUUUUAAUUAAUGAUUUGGAUGCAGCGAUAGAGAGCAUGCUGAUCAGAUUUGCAGACAACACACCACCAAUCUACAUGGAGAGAUGCAAACACGUUGGAGGACAGGAGCAGUAUGGCAGGGGCGGGCUGGGCCAUAGACAGUAAAUGAAAUUCAAGAGAAGCUGAUGCAAGGUGCUACACAGAGAAGAAAAGACAAAUGCAAAGUUAGAGAAUGGGGGGGAACUGGUUUGAGAAAGACCUGCGGUUGGGGUGGAUCACCAACAUGAAUCAUCAUCAAUGCCAUGUUGGUUGUGUUAACCGUUUGUGUCUUGUUUGCAAGAUGUGCAAUGGACUAGUGCCACUUUACUUGGCACCAGUUUGGCCUCAGCUGGAGCACUGUGUCCACUUUGGGAUGCUGGGUUUUCAGAAGGAUGUACAGUAACUGGAGAGGAUCCAAAUGCAAAUGAUGCUGAUAAAGGAGGCAGAAAGCAAGCUGCAUGACGGAAGAGCUAAAGGAACCAGGCAGGCUUAGUUUGGAGAAAAGGAGAUGGUGGGGAAGGCAGAACAAGAUUGCAGUUUCCAAAUAUUUGAAAGGUAGCCUUAAAGAAGAUGGAGACACUGUUCUCCUCUGCAACAGAAGGGAGGAAGGACACAAGGCAAAGGGUUUAAGCUGCAGUGAAGAUCAUUUAGUUCAAAUCUCAGGAAACUGUGUAACUGUAAGAACAGCAGGGCGAUGGAAAAGGUGUCUAGGAAAGUUAAGGAAUCCUCUUCAUUGGAGGUUUCAAGAAGCAGCUGGGUAAGCAUGUGGGGUAGUGCAGGGGGUUGGCCUAGAAGAGCCUAGAGGUCCCCAACAAAUGUAUGAUUGAUAAAACUUGUAACCAGCUGCACUGUAAGGUUUUAACAAAAGUGACAGAGCUCAGAAACAUCAUCCUGCAAUCACUGAAUCAAUGGCAAGUCUGGGACCUGGACAGGGUCCAUGGAUAACGCCAGUGUUCGUGGAUUUGCAAAAUAGUCUUUUCAUGUUUGUUCCUACUUCCUAUUCCUUCAUGUUUCUUCCUACUUCAGAUCUCGAAUUGUAAUGUAAUUUGUGAUUAUUAUGAAUGCCAAAAGAGCUUUGGAACAGCACAGGCACGGCAAUCCAGCCAUUUACAAGCAGCAGCUAAUGUUAAUAAUUGCAGACUCUCACUAAAAAAUCAUCCAGGGCUCUAAGGAACUGGGGAGUUCCUUAUCAAAGCACCAUUCUGUACCAAGUCCCCAUAAAGGACUGACAAAUGAGUUUGGCUGAGAUUUGCAAAAACAUAUUUGGGAUUCAGACACUGAAUAGCCAGUGAAAGCUCUGCCUCUAAAUGUACUAGGCUGCUGUGAACAUCUUGUCCCAUUUGUUUUCCAAAACAGAGGGGACUACAGGGAGUUAGUUAGGAUUAAGAAGCAUAGGUAGGGCUUGUAUUUUUCCUUGCUUACAGGUAUUUUGGGACCAUCUCUCUGUUCAGACGAUGCAGGCUGGGUUCAGCCAGCUUGCAUCUCUUUGUCUCCACUGGUGGAACAUCGAGCCUUUUGGUCUGACUUUCCCAGCACAGCUUUUUCAGUGUUUUCUCAAACUUUUCAUGUACAGUUUUGCAGAGCUCCCCAGCUUGAGAGAGAGGAGAGCUGAUAAGAGGAUAUCAGAGAACCUACAGGCCUUUGCACUGAUGCUGUGUCUACGCCGCAAUUGCCAUCGCUAUCCCUGAACUGGCAAGAUUAGAUUAGCCAUGAAAGCUAAGGCAGAGCAGAUUUGGCAUGAAUAGCGCUGAGGCCCCAGACAGGCUAGGGCAGCCCAUGUGGGAUCCUGUAUGGCCAUGGCUUUGCUGUGUUAGGACUCAAGCUCUGCACUCUGCGUACACCUGCCCUGUAGACAAACUCUGUGUGCCUUCAGCCAUCCACCUCUUCCUGGCAGCUCAGUUCAACAGGACCCACUCGAUCCUGGCAGAUCUACUCGACAGCUGUCUUUGGGAGUCUCUUAAAAGGGGAUCCCCACCACGGAGGAGGUUUGCACCCUACUUCCCAAGUGCCGAGCCUCAUGGCGAAUACUCGGUGGGCUUGGAGAGGAUGUGGCCAAAAGCCCCUGCACAAAGACCGGGGCAUGCAUUGCAUUCCUGCCCAAGGGGAGAGCAGCACUCAUUCGAGCACGAGGCAGCUGCAGGUAGAGCACUGUGGAGAUGCCAGUCACAUACAACCAGAUUGCCCAUCUUUGGCACUGGAAAGCCUACAAGACCUCCUUUGUAUGUCCUUGUAUAUCACAGCAUUUGCUCCUGUCACACGGUUGGAGCGAUCUGAAGUGAUCAUUAGAGGUUUGGCCCAUGUCCGUCAUUAAAUUAGGAAGCUUUAAGAGCCCCGCAAGUUCUGCUGGAUUUGGAGACAACCGGUAUUCCAAGAGGGGCUUGAGCCCAGUCAUAAGAGGUGCUUGAGUCUCUAGUUUGAGACUACAGUGACCUCCCCACACCACCUUUUGAACACUGUUGGUGCAGUUUUCCCCCUCCCAAACCAUGUCAAAUGGCUUCUGUUUUGCGGUAGAUUCUGUGAGAGAGCAACAGAAACACUGCCCUGGGGUUUGAACAAAGGAUCCAUGGGGAAAUAAAUGCAGUCAGAGGAUCAGUUCCUUUAAUGUAGGAUAACAAGGGAAUGGAUGAGGUGACUUUCUCCAAAAUGAGGUCACAGACAGCACGGUGUUUUCCCUGAAAUUAAGUGCUAAUCUUAUACUUAUUAGUGCUUAACUUAGUCUGAAACCAAAUUAACCUUUAGCUCAGGCAGGAGCUGCAAUUUUAUUGCCUUCUUUGCAUACAUUUGUUAUUGUCUAGAGCUCUAUUUUUUACUUGGCUGGGGUUGCUGGAUGUCUUGUUUGCUAAACUAAGCCCUGGGGUCCAUCCAUACCAGUGCAAAUCGGGAUUAACUCCAACAAUCUUGGAAGAGUUACUCUGGAUUUACCCCAGCGAGCAGCAUUUGACCCCCUGAGUUGGAACAAACUGGACUUCAUCCUCCGUUCAGUUCUUUCCAUAUCUAUUUUGAGGUUCUUCAAGUGCCAAAAAUAAUAUGGCAUAUUUCUGCAAGAACAUUUAUCUUCCCCUUGAUUGAUUUCAGUGAAGGGAUUUGUUUAGGAAGGGGUUUGGGGAAAUAGAUAUUUAAAGCAGAGACUUAUCUGUAUUCUCAGUGUUUUGUAAGUUAGAAGAUAAACCAGGGAGAGACAGAAACAAUGUUGCAAAGUUGCACACAUGCAGAUACACACGCGCACACACACACACACACGUGUGCGCACGUGCACCAAUUUCUCUUCAGACUACACAACACGCUUAAUUUGCUAGCCAGACACUCCACUACUGGCUGCACAAAUGCUGCAGGUAUCUGGGACUGAAUGAGACUGUAGGAGGAGCGUGGGAGGAAAGCACUUUUCCUCCGUUAGUAACAAUACCUUUGUGUCACUCACAAUUUAUAUUCACUGAAGAAAGCUUUUUCUGACUACGAUAUUCUUUCAGAGCCUGUUCAAUGCAAUGAAGAGAGAAGGAAUAGCACAGCUGUCUCCUGUUGCUCACAGGGGGAGGUCUUCAUUAGCUCCUUUCUCAUUUAUGUGGUUUUAUCUUGCCAUUAAUGGUCUGGCCAAGAUUGAGAAUGUUAGAGAAGAAACUCUUUUGUUAACACCCAGCUUAUUAAAGGCUUGGAGUCCAUAAGGCAUCCAUCCUAGAAGGCACUUACAAACUUUGAACCAGCGCCUGCCACAAGAGUAAAUGGGCAGUUCACCUGCUGGCUUGCUUCCCCCCUCCAUAUGACAGAAGAAGAAUCAAUGAAGCUAUAAGAUUAGCACUUACAAAAUAUACCACUGACAAGAGGCCAUAGAGCCUCCCACUGAAUCCUCUGGGUGCGCAGGCUCUUGUCAUUGAAAUGCUGGGUGGAAAUGCCAAUAUGCUUGGAGGGCAAGAGCACUAACACUUGAAGUCUGUGAACUCCAGGGGAAACCGGGAAGAACAGGAUUUCUAUCAGAAGACAAACAAGGAAAAUGUGCAAAGGGCAGAUUUCUGUUCUCGGUUAUGAUGGCAGACGGGGAGAUGCCGCUAUCAAGUUAUGGACUCUGUGUUGUACUACAUGGUGCACACACGUUCAAAGUUGCCUGUUAUGCCCUGUACCUGGGAGGUUCCCUGCACAGGAGAGGGGCUCGAUGCAUUGUUGAAUGACGACCACUGAGUUACCAAGACUGCAACUCAGGGCCAUUGCCUAGGAUUGUCUCGGCCUUGGAACGACGGACUUUCUACACUGGGGUCACCAUGAGGAGUGGGUCGGGGAUGAGUGCAGGGGGCUGGUACCUCCUUUGCAACACACAGCACAGGAAGAGGUUUGUUCAAGAAGGUGUUUUGCUCUGAGCAGGGGGGAAUAACCAUUGCUGCAGGUAAGAAGGAUUUGCAGGGGGGACUCUCCAUAGGCUGAAAUGUUCCUCCGUGGACUCCAAAGGAUGAGUGAACAUCAACACGGGACAGGCGUGUUUCUAGACUUCUGUUUUCAAAGAUUUGUACCCCUCCAGUGGUUGAAGAGUAAAGUGCCUGUGGUGAAACGA